AUGCUCGAGCCAAUCCUCGCCCUUAUCCCCCUCUACCUCAUCUACAUCUCCCUCCUCCACCCACUGAUAACCUACAUCCGGGACCCUAAGAACCUGCGCCGCUAUCCGACCUUCCACCCCCUCUCCGGGCUAAGCGACAUCCCCUUCCUCCUCGCCUCCCAGAAAGGCUUCCGCUCGCGCGCCCUGCAUGAGCUGCACCAGACACACCCCGUCAUCCGGAUCGGGCCCAACGCCCUCUCGUACGGUACCCCGGCAGCAAUCAGAGACAUCUACGGGCACAGCACGGCAUGCGUCAAGGACCGCUUCUAUUCUGAUACCUCCGGCUCACAUGCCCAUCUGGCAGAUGUCGUGAAUAAAGCGGAGCACGCGCGUAAGAGGAAGGUCCUGGCAUCUGCGUACGCGAUUAAGAACCUGGAGGGGUGGGAGUAUAAAGUGUCUGAUAUGACGAGUCGGCUUAUUAGGGUUUUUGAUGGGAAAUGCACGGCGCCUCUUCCGGAAUCUGUGCAGGUCCCCGAUGAGAAAGAUUUGACGAUUGACUAUCGCUCGUGGACGAACCAUUUCACUGUUGCUGCGAUUGCGAAUAUUGGGCUUAGUGAGGAUCUGGGGUUCCUUGAGCAGGGGAGUGAUAUGGUGCCGUCUGAGUCAAUGGACGGGAACGUGAAGCAGGUCUCGUUCAGGGAAUGUCGCGAGGCUUCGGGGACAGUCACGUACAAACUCAUCUGGGCGUACGAUCUGUUCCCAGUCCUCAAGCGGCUGAGCAAGAUUCUCUCACCGUACUAUCGACGACUCUGGCGCCUCGACUCAGACUGGAACGGCAUCGUCUAUAACCGCGCGACAACCCGGCUAAAGCGGUAUAUGGCCGGUGAGAAGCUCGACGACUUCUUUACCGCCUUGAUGGAGGAUAAGAAAGGCGUGCCUCACAAUCUGGAGAUGGGCGAGCUCGUCGCCGAGAUUAGCAUCAUGAUGAACGCGGGCUCGGAUACGACUGCCAUUGCGUUGAGGAACGUCCUGUUCUUUCUGCUGAAGAAUCCGCAAUGUAUGCAGAAGCUCCGCGAGGAGAUUAAUGAAGUCCUUGGUAAGGAUGAUAUCGUCGCGCCAUACUCCAAGGUCAAGCAUCUGCCCUACCUCAAGGCCUGUCUAGAUGAGAGCCUACGGAUGCUGCCACCUGUUAUUUUCGGGCUGCCGAGACGCACCCCGCCGGAGGGAACGACUAUCCUAGGGGAUUAUGUGGCUGGAGACACAUCCGUGAGUAUGUCUGCAUAUGUAGUUCACCACGAUGAGUCGAUCUUCAAGGACAAUAAUAGCUAUGUGCCGGAACGGUGGUUAAGCGAACAGGGCAAGUCGCUGCAGUCAUUUUUCAUCCCCUUCAGCACGGGAGCGAGGGGUUGCAUUGGCCGGAACAUCAGCUAUCUCGAGCAAACCGUUCUGUUGGCUUCCUUGGUGCAUAGAUAUGACUUUGCACUGCCGUCGCCAGACUGGGACCCGCCGAUCCCUGAGACAACAAACUUGAGUCCGGGGCAGAUGCCGCUGAAGAUUUGGAGGAGGGUUGCGGCUGAAUAA